UGGGGACACAUAAUCCCAGACAACUCAAAUUGCAAAAGCAACAUAGUAUUCUCUUUUUCUCUCCUUCCUCAUAGACCCAUCCUUUCGAUUUACACAUAAACAGUAUGGCAGAUAAAUUAGCUACAUUUGAGAAGGGAAAGAAGAUAACAAUUUUAAGUAUAGAUGGUGGUGGCAUUAGAGGCAUCAUUCCCGGAACUAUUCUAGCUUUUCUCGAGUCUAAACUUCAGGAAUUGGAUGGACCAGAUGCAAGAAUAGCAGAUUACUUUGAUGUAAUUGCUGGUACAAGCACAGGUGGUUUGGUUACUUCCAUGCUUACAGCUCCUAACGAGAAUAAUCGACCUUUGUACGCUGCAAAAGAUUUAACCCGCUUCUACAUCGAACAUGGACCAAAAAUCUUCCCUCAACGAAAUUAUUUCUUAAGUUCAGUGGUGAAUAUGUUUGGAAAAGUUAUGGGCCCAAAGUACGAUGGCAAAUACUUGAGAUCAUUGAUAAACAGAUUGCUUGGAGAUAUAACACUUAAGGAAACACUAACGCAAGUCAUUAUUCCUGCUUUUGACAUUAAGCUUCUUCAACCUGUGAUUUUCAGCACACUCGAUGCAAAAUGGGAUGCGUUAAAGAAUCCAAAACUGGCUGAUGUUUGUAUCAGUACCUCCGCCGCUCCCACUUUCUUACCUGGCCAUGAAUUUCAAACUAAGGACUCUAAGGGAAAUACUCGUAACUUCGAUAUGGUUGAUGGUGGAGUUGCUGCAAAUAAUCCAACAUUGGCUGCAUUGACUCAUGUGACAAAAGAGAUGAGCAUCUUGAGAAAAAGAAGUGAACUUCUGAAAAUAAAACCAAUGGAAUCAAAAAGGAUGUUGAUCCUUUCUUUGGGAACUGGUGUGGCUAAAAAUGAUGAGAAGUAUAGUGCAGCUAUGGCUUCCAAAUGGGGUAUGCUUGGUUGGAUCUAUCAUAGAGGAGCAACACCAAUUGUUGAUAUUUUUAGUGAUGCAAGUGCAGAUAUGGUGGAUUAUCAUAUUUCUAGCGUCUUCCAAUCUGAACAUAAUGAUAGAAAUUAUCUUCGUAUUCAGGAUGACACAUUGAGUGGUGAUGUUUCGUCCGUGGAUAUUGCAACCCAACAAAACUUAUUAAAGCUCAUUGAGGUUGGAGAGAGUUUACUGAAGAAACCAUUAUCAAGGGUAAAUUUGGAAUCUGGAAAGUUUGAGGCACUUGAUGGAGAAGGAACUAAUGAAAAAGCACUUGCAGAAUUUGCUCAAAUGUUGUCUGAUGAGAGGAAACUACGAUUGAGCCCUUGAGGCUAUCUAAUUCCCAUUUCAUCAAUUUAUGCUUCUUUCAUGUUUUCAUCUUCAACCCCCCUUUUUUUUCUGUCUUCCAUAGAUACGUCACUUCUUUUAAGCCUUUCAUACUUUAGUCCAGUAAAUUGUAAAAAUACUUGUAAUAAUUUUUUUACACCCUGUUGUUGUUUUAUUUUUCUCUUUUGUAUUUCACCCUUUCUAGUUUUAAUCGAUUCUAUAUAUUGUUGGCGUGGUUUCCUAGAAACUUUCGUAGAAUGUACAUAAAUGUGGACAAAAUAAGUAAAGGACAAGUGAAUAUGAAUUUCUGUUGA